AGCUCGCGAGAACACAGACGCUGAGGCUGUUACCGUUGAGGAGAGCUUCAUGUUCAGACGGUCUGAGAUGCGAGAGUCCCAUAGGAGAUGGACACCAGCACCCAUCUUUACCAGAAUUUAAUCGCUCUUGGGAGUCAAGCCAAGAUGUGACCGUCACGGCGCGUCAUAGCUUGGAUCUGUCCAGCCUUUAUAACGCUUGUUUCUAUAGCAACAGAAAAAUUAGAGUAUCCUAGAAAGUCCCAUUCUCACAAUGCAGUCCUCUAGCUGCUCCUCUCAGCCUGCAAAGCCACGGCGUUUUGAUGUCAACAGACGGACCAAUACCUUAUCUGUACCAAAGUCUCAUGGCCAUGGUGUUCAGAGAGAGGAUAAAAACAUGAACACAGUCACCUCCUCCUCACCACGCCAGGCCACUAAAGGCCGCGUUGUACCUACAAGGAGCAGGGUGGGGGUGCAGCCUCGAGCUCCAGUGAGCCAGUCCAGGUUUGGCUCACAAAAACAGGGUUCUGGCAUCUCCAGAUCAGCUAAAACCAAACCUAAAGGUGCUUGCUUUUCGGCAGCAGCCCAAAUUGCACCUGCGGCCACUUCAUCUCCGCUUCCCUCUGUUCUCCCUCUUGACCCGAAUUGCAACAAGCCGAGCCUCCCCUGUCUGUGCUGUGAUGGGCGCUCCCCGCAAGACAACAACAGUAUGUUCAACCAUAACCACAACAACAACAACACCAUCUCUCUCAGACAGGAAAUGCAGCUACCACCUCCUCCAUCCCUAUUGCCCCAGGGGCAGGAUGGGACAGAGGGCAAAGAGCAACCUGAGCCUACCUUGCAAGUACAGACCCAGCUGGAGCCCUCUGCCUUCCCUCCUGCCAAUCUGCAAAAGGAAGGCAAGGAUGCAGAUGAAAGAGCUGAUCUGGGAAACAGGAAAAAUAUAAAGGUAGAAGAAGAAGAUGACGAGGAAGAGAGCCGUGGCAAUAUUGAUAUUGAUGAUGAUGAUGAUGAUGUCGAGGAGGCUGACAGUGAUGAUGACGACGAUGAUGACACUCUGGUUCCCUCAUGCUGUGACUGUCCUCCCUCCCUCCUGGAGUUCUCGCUCUCCUCUUCUACCUCCUCAUCCUCCACUUCCAUCAGCUCCUGCUCUGAUCUGGAGUCUGACUGUGCGGAUCAAUCUGCCUCACUCUGCUCUUCCCAAGACCAAGAUAAUCUUUCUGUUGCUUUGUCCCCCAAAGAGCACUCUCUUUCACAAACCCCUGAAUGCCAGCCUCCUGUGUGUUCUCCCCCUUCCCUUUCUCUUAGCCACAAUCCCUUCUUAUCAUCACUUUGCCCAAUUCCCCUUUGCUCCCCAGAUGAGGGCUACCCCUCUACCCUGGACACCCCUUCUCCUGAUUAUUUAGGAGUCAAAGGUGAUUCAGAGGUUACCAAACUAAGCUUGCUUGACUUCUUAGAAUCAGUGGGGGAGUUUGGGAAAAUGGAACGCUUUAGUCAGGUGAUCCAAGUGGCUCGCUGGGAUUUGGAAGGGGAACAGCACUGGGAUGUUCUAAGGGAUCGAUUAGAUCACCUGGAUCGUUUGGAGAAAGUCAACAGGGAGGUAAAACUGGCCUACAUUGCUAGACUCCAUGAGAAGGGAUUUCAUCUUGGAGAUCUCAAAGAGCAGGACCUUUCGGAUGUUAUGGAUGAAAUGGGGAACAUCGACAUUCCCUGGAAGUUGUAUAAAAGCCACAGUGGAUCAAUGGGAGACUCUCAGGAGUUUUCGGAUGCUGGGGUUGACCUGACUGCUCCAUCAGACUGCGAUGAUCCGCUUGUUCCAGAUUCUCUCACCGCUUCCCCUGUUGAGCCGCCACCUAGACCACCAAAACCCCCUGUGCGUCACGCCAGCGUGAGCUCUGACCUCCACACCUACAUCAAUAUCAGCAGGGAGACUACCUCCAUGGCUGUCUCCACCUCACCUACAUUGUCGACAUUCUCUCCUAACUCCUCAUCGCCCACAUUCACCACAUUUAAGUGUGAGAAAUCCCUUCCUCCAUCUCCACCAUCAAUCCCUCCUCUCCCUGCCUCUAAGCCUGUUCCUUAUCUCACUCUAUACACCACUUCUUCUCCACCCCCAUCUAUCCCCACACCAACACCUCCCAUCCCUCCCCCCCGUAGGCGCCACCUUGCUAGGAAGGAGGCACAGAGGCUUGCUGCUCUUCAAGCUGAACAGGAAAAGACACCCCUGUCCCUCCCACCUCCUACAAUGCAGCCACCACCCCUUCCUCCUCCACCUGUUGUCUCAAUCUGCUCCUCUUCCCCCCCUGCCAUACCACCUCCACCUGCUCUGCCUCCUCCCCCCUCCUUCCAUGCCCUGGAUAUAGAGAUUCGAAAGUUACUUAUGCUUGCAGGAUUGACCCAAGCUGAGCUUCUCAAACUCAGCCCAGAGCUUGGUGUGUGUGUCAGGGGCUUAGGGGAUGAAGAUGAUGGAGACAAUCUUAUCCCAUCUAGAUCUGCAGACUCAAAUGAGUUCAGACUACAAGAUGGGGAGGAGGAGAAGGAAUGUGAUGCUGACUAUAUUGACAAAGAUGAAUGGCACAGCAGAGCCAAGUUGAACGGAGAUCUGAGAAUAGCUGAAGAAGGCAAAAAGAAAGAGGAGAGCAAAGACACACAAAGAACCACCUCCUUCACUGAGAUAGCAAGAAGAAGGAAAAGAAACAGUGGACUGACUUCCGACCAUUACUACAGCACCGGUCUCAGCAAAAUACAUGAAACUAAACUGAAGAAUAUGAGCUCUGAGACUUUCCAUUAUCCUGCUGGGUUACCAGAUUCACCACCACCACCUCCUCCUCCUCGGCCCUUACCUCCAAUCCCGCCGUCUUUGCCAUCCCCUUAUGUCAGCACUCUCCCUGCCAACUCUGAACAACCUGAGCGUUUUGAUUGGCUCAUAGCAUUCACACCCGACUGUGAUGCCCCGCCAGAGCAUCCACCCCCGGAAAUGAGAUCAUCUCAUUUGGAACCCCAAAAGACGCUCAGUUCAUCAGUGUCAUCUCUGGGGGCAGCUCCAAAGGUCACGACUUUCAAAGAGCUGCGUUUCCGCAACAAGAGCGCCUUCCCCCCAACAAAGGUGAUCACUGAUCCAGAACCUGACCCCACAGUCAUCACUCCAGAUCCAGAUAUACUGUAUAACUUGAAGUGGAGAAAAGAGAAGGCAGGAAGCGAUGGCAGCCAAUGGGAGUACACCUCUCAGGCUCAGGCUCUGUUCAUGCAGCCACCACCAGCCCUCACCUCAAUGGCUGCUCUGAAGGAAAUGCUCCAGAGGGCUGAAGAGGAGGGCGGACAACCAGAGCUGUGUCCAACACAGAAGAUUGGCUGCUCAGUCAGUGACAGCAGCCUGUGGACCAUGGGCAGAAAGUGGGAGGGGGAAGAAGUUAAGAGGGAAGAAAAGGAAAGGAAGGAAGAUGAAGAAGAACAAAUGGAGGUGAGAGGAAGAGCCGAUGGAGAAAGGACCUUUGAAUCAAGAAUUACAGUUUCCUCACCCCCACUUUCCCUCGCCCAGUCCUCCCAACCCUACUUCCUCCACACUGCCCUCCCUUGCUAUCGGCCAGGCUACUGUUACUCCCAGCCUUUUGCAGAUCCCAGGCCCCACAGCCAUGUAGGCAGGGAGUCCACAGACAAACACUGCGACACACAGUGGGCCCCUGCUGCUGGCUCAGCUUGUAUCCACAGAGAUGAUUCCACCACUUAUAUAAACUCUGAGUUUACCUAUGAAUCCCUGGCUGAUUUUGAUGUAGACUGUCCUCAUGAUUAUGGGAAUGCCUUUAAUCAAAACACACACUCGGCGUACCAGUGUAAAAGCAAUUCUAAGACCAGUGUGUCUGACUCUGUUUGUAAUUUUGACUCUCUCUACUGCAGUGACUCAGAGAAGAAGAAUGACACACACACUAAGUCAGACACAACUGUGAGUGGCGCAGCUGAGGCUCCAGGUUGCACCACCCCAUAUAAGAACAUUGAUGUCAUGAUGACAUAUUCCAACAGUAUCAAUGCUAUUGAUUCACUGUAUUCAGAAAAGCGCACACACUCAAACACAGACAACAACAGUAACAAGGCCAGGACAUCCAAAGCGCUUCCUCCUCUCCCCACCUAUUACCUGUACCACCCUAAGAACUGCCCUCUGCACAGGGGUGCCCCUCCCCGCCUCUCACCUAUUGGAGCCCUCUCCCCUCCCCAGCGCUCAGGAGCACCCCCUCCAGGUGCAUCAAGCUCCUGCCUCAGCUCCCCGCUUUUCCCCCGCUCGCAUACCUUGCCUGCCCUCGCUGCUCCGUUCUACUAUCCAAACCUCUACACUCCUAUUCUGCCCAGUGCGCCCCCCCUACCCCCAAAACUCCACCAGGCUCCUCUGCAGUCACGUGUGGCGACUGUUCGCAGUGUCUCAUUCGCUGGCUCAAUACAGAGGGCAGAGACGUCUUGGAUGGAUGAAGAUGUGCAGCGUCCAAUGAGAGGUUUCAGCUUGUCCUCUCUGUGUCUGCAGGAAAAAAAAGCUCUAGUUGGUGCGGUCAGUGUGGCAGUGGAAGCCAUCUUGGCCCAGUUCAGUUCUUCUCGCACAGUAGUUCAGAAGGCCUUAUCAGGAGACAGCACUGUAAAUCCAUCUCUGGGACGUCUGGUGCUGCAGUGCCUCUGCCCCGCCCUGCACAGCUUGCUGACUGAUGGAUUGAAACCUCACCAGAGUGACCUGAUUGCAGGCAGGAGGCCAAACUCUGCCUGGGGUCUGGUCCAGGCGUCAACCCGACCAGGUCCUAAAACUCAACUCUUGUUCAACUUACAAGUUCAGGUUGGGGAGCUGCCUCAGCUCAGACAGAGCAAACACAGGUUCAAUGCAUUCCUUCUUGGCCUACUGAAUAUCAAGUUUCUUGAUUUCUGGCUUUCUCACCUUCAGUCUUGCAGUGAUGUGUUGGAGACAUACUACCAUCCCACCUCUUUUAUGCGUCUGUCGCUGACCGUCUGCCAGCCUCUCUUUGAGGAGCUGCUCCUCGUCUUGCAGCCUCUCAGCCUGCUGACCUUCAACCUUGACUUGCUCUUCCAGCACCACCAUUUAGAGCCAGACAGUCACAGCCCAGAGAUCACCAGUCCACACUGUCAGGUUGCAGAGUCUCAGCCAUCAACAAAAUGGUCCCAGUCUAAAAUCACAGGCAGCAGAAAUAUUGAAAGCCUCACAGAAGUAGACUUUGGAAGCCCAGAGUAUCAGGCAGCUACAGAAAAAUCUUCACCACUGGCUCAUGCAAAGAAUGAAGGGGAGUCGACACAUAGCAGUGCUGCACCAACUCUCAGUCAGACAAGUCCACAGCUGUUGUGGGUGCAGGAGAGGGAAAUUGGGAAGUUACCUCCACCUAAUGUUGAGGAGGACAGCCUUGCUCAGCAGGCAGGACAGGUGAUCCAGCAAGGGUGGGGGGCUGUGAUUCGCUGGGGAGGCAGACUGAGCCAGAACUUGGCUGAGCUGAGCCUGUCUGCAGGGAAAAAGGAAGAGAUGAAGCCAGACCUGCCAGAUCUCCAGACCCAGGCAGGAAGUGACUACACUGCAGUCAGCAGGGGUGCUCAGGUUCCCUGGGGUCUGGGCCGACUGUUUGGAGUCUCUAAAAGCCCCAAUAGCCCAACAGGCAACAUACCACCAACCAGGCGUCCCUCUCAAUGGUUGGCUCCUGGUGUCACAGCUCUGACCCGAAUGGUGAGCAGCAGCUCCAUGCCGAUGAUGAGGAGGGCCCCGGAGCCUCAGGGAGAAAGCGAGCCAGAGUCAGAGGAAGAAGUCAAUAUACCAGCGAUGAAAGACAAACCCAGACCACUCAGGUCAGUACGAACGCUGUGUGACCACACCGGAACAGGUUCGGAGCUCAGCUUCUGCAGGGGCGAGGAGCUUGUGGUGUUAGCAGGAGUUGAUCAAGACUGGAUUCGCUGUCGUCAGGGAGACAAAGAGGGACUGGUACCUAUUGGCUACACAUCCCUCAUUAUGUGACAUUGGCACCAUAACUGCUUCACCCAGUCAAAAAAAAAAAAAUCUAAAAUAUAUAUUUUAGGUGAGUAUUGAGAGGUUAGGAUGAGGCUCUGCUAGUCCGAAAGGGAUAUUUCACUUUAGUUUGGUUAGAGUUUGAGUUGAGUGCAUAACACCAUCUGUUCUGCUUUAUGUGCAACAGGAGCAGUCGGCAGCCACUCUCCCUUUCUGAACAUAUGGGAGUUUUUUUCCCAUCACAAUCCAUCCAGUUUGGUAGCAUUCAACUAAAUGGAUUUUAGCAGCGAGAAUGCAGCAGAUGGUGUGCAAUAAUGACUCAAGUCAAAUUUAGACCAUUUCACACUGGAAGACCUUUGAUCAUUUAGUGAAGUAUCCCUUUAAAUGUCCUUUUCUCGAUUUCCACCUUCCUUGCCUUCAGUUGCUGAUCUGAAAACCAUCACAGGGGAAAUUCUGUGCAAUCAACCAUUUGCAGAUUCAGGUGCUUUCAGAUCAGCGGCUGCCUGUUGUGAGGAGGCGACAGUCGAAAGCCUGGCUGUAGCUGCAUUAAUAUCUCUGUUUGUCAGCCGAAUAGACUCGUGGCUCGCAGGUUGAGCGGAGAAAGCAUGUUAUAGUACUGGGCCGUAGCUCCCAUUGCAUACUGCGUAGUAAUGUAGUGAAUUGUAGCUGUGUAGAUCUGUGUUCUAUUGAUCUUUCACCCCUAUUGACCUCUCACCUUUAUCGCCUGGUUCGUGUGUGUUGGACGUGUUUCUGC